CAGUACCUAGCUAAUACUUAUAUCUUUCCCAAUUCGACUUCGAUCUGAUCGUAUCGAGAAUUAAGCCAUGUUUCUUAUCGAUUGGUUUUAUCGAGUUCCUGCUUCCCUCGGUCUGUGGCAGAAGGAGGCGAAGAUCUUGCUUCUGGGUCCUCAAAGUGAUGAAAACACCGCCUUGCUUUCUUGGUUGGGGCAUGAGGUUCCACUGAUACAGUAUUGCCAGCAAUUGGGAUCUACCGUGUCAAGUCAUGAUGCAUGUUUCACUCAGGCUGCAGAUUCGUUGUUUUUCAUGCAUGACAGUCUACAGCAAGCUCGUGCUCCGGUCUAUGAUGUUCCAUCUGCUGUUGAAGUUCUUCUCACAGGUUCAUAUCCUCGUUUUCCAAAAUGUAUGGAAGAUGUGGGUAUGCAGAGCUCAUUAACUGAAGAGCAGCAAAAGCCAGCCUUAAGAAAGCUGGAUAUGCUUGUGAGAUCUAAAUUACUUGAGGUUUCACUUCCUAAAGAAAUUACUGAAGUUAAAGUUUCCAAUGGUACGGCUCUGCUUCAAGUUGAUGGGGAAUUUAAGGUGUUAGUAACUCUUGGUUAUCGAGGGCACCUGUCAAUGUGGAGGAUAUUGCAUCUGGAAUUGCUUGUUGGUGAGAAAAGUGGACCUGUUAAGCUGGAACAGUUGCGACGGCAUGCCCUGGGAGAUGACUUAGAGCGUCGAAUGUCUGCCACAGAGGAUCCAUUUAUGAUAUUACAUUCGGUCCUCCAUGAGUUCUGUGUUGCACUUGUUAUGGACACUGUCAUAAGGCAAGUACUAGCACUUCGACAAGGGAGAUGGAAAGAUGCAAUUCGCUUUGAACUGAUAUCUGAUGGAGGGAGUUCUAGUUCCACUUCACUGACUCAAGAUGGUGAAUCUGAUUCAGCUGGUAUACGAACUCCAGGAUUAAAACUUGUUUACUGGCUAGAUUUUGAUAAAAACCCUGGUGCAGCUGACCUGGGAUCACCCCCAUAUAUAAAAAUUGAGCCAGGACCUGAUCUGCGGAUAAAAUGUCAUCAUAGUACCUUUGUUGUAGAUCCAUUAACUGACAAAGAGGCAGAAUUUUCUCUUGAUCAAAAUUGCAUUGAUGUUGAACAGCUGCUGCUAAGAGCCAUAUCAUGCAAUAUAUAUACUCGGCUUCUUGAGAUUCAAAAAGAGUUGGUGAAAAAUGUUCAGAUAUAUCGAGCAGGAGGCGAUGCAGUUCUUGAAUCACAUAAGAAUGAGCCAAAUAUUGAUUAUCGAAAGAGGGAUACAAAGUUUCACAACAAGGACCAUCAAUGGCAAGAGGCAUUAUGUGUGCGUGCUUAUGGCUCCUCAUUUUUUACCCUUGGAAUAAAUAUAAGGAAUGGCCGGUUUCUUCUCCAGUCAUCGCAGAAUAUUCUUGCACCUUCAGUAUUGUUAGAAUGUGAAGAAGCUCUAAAUCAGGGAAGCAUGACAGCAGCUGAAGUUUUUAUAAGCUUGCGAACCCAAAGUAUCGUACAUUUGUUCGCUUCAAUUGGCAGAUUCUUAGGCCUUGAGGUUUAUGAGAAUGGUUUUGCUGCUGCAAAAGUACCCAAGAACCUAGUUAAUAGUUCAGCUGUAUUGUUGAUGGGGUUUCCAGACUGUGGUAGUUCUUAUUUUCUGCUGAUGGAACUUGAUAAGGACUUCAAGCCCUUGUUUAAACUUCUAGAGACUCAGCCUGAUCCAUCUGUAAAAGGUCAUUCUUUUAAUGACUUAAACCAUGUGAUGCGGUUGAAGAAAAUUGACAUUAGCCAGAUGCAGAUGCUUGAAGACGAAACAAAUUUGAGCAUACUUGAUUGGGGAAAAUUACAUAACUUGUUACCUAAUUCUGGCAGUCCUAACCAGACUUCUGAGCAUGGCCUUCUUUCUGAAUUAAACCUUGAUGGUUCUAUGCAGAUCUCUGGCUGCCCUACAUCAAGUUUUUCUUCUGUUGUUGAUGAAGUAUUUGAACUUGAGAAAGGAACAUCUGCACCUCCCUUCUCUUCUCAAAUUAUCCCUUCAUUCAACACGCUUCAUGCUUCUCAUUUUGGCUCUGUUUCGACAAAUCUCCAUAGCAUAAGAGCUGGAACACCCUCUCCAAAAUGGGAAGGGGGUUUGCAAGUAUCACAACUAAACAAUGUUGCAAAAGUUUCAAGUCCAGCCACCCAAUAUACUGGUUCAUUGUUGCCAUCAAGCACUUUGAAGGGCUUAGUUCAGUCUAGUUCUUUUGGUACACUUUCUUCUGGCCCAGGAAGAGGUACGGCUAUGAAAAAACUAGCAGCUUCAAAAUCUGAUCAGGAUUUGACUUCUCUUAGAUCUCCGCAUUCAAUUGAGGCCAGCACACUAGAUGAAGAUCAGUUAAGAUUGCUGAAUGACGCUUCAAAGGAUGCAUUAUCUGUAAGUAGAUCAUCUAGACUGUUAUCUCCACCAAGAACAACUGUCCCUCGAGUUGUUCCUCCUAGUGCAAAACCUAAUGGACCUAGAAGCUCAUCUCCUGCAAACCUAACUGGAUCUUUUAGAGCUGCUGUGUCAAGCCCUUUGGCUUCACCUCCCGUAUCCCAGGCAGCAGAUAAUUCCAGUUUUCAUGGUACUUCUCUUGAUAUUGUUUCCAAAUAUGACAAAAAUCCAAGAAAGCGCACAGUUGCAGAUAUGUUGAGCUUGCUUCCUUCCCUGCAAGGUAUGGAAGUCAAUGCUGGAUUCUGCAAGAGAAGGAAAACCUCUGAGUUAGUUAUUCAGCAGCCUUCAUCACAAAUUCUUAUAUCUUCAGAAAUGAUCUCUAAAGCUGAAUCAUGUAGUUAUGGGAAUCUUAUAGCUGAAGCAAAUAAGGGGAAUGCACCUUCUAGUAUUUAUGUUUCUGCUCUUCUUCAAGUGGUCAGACAUUGUUCGCUAUGUAUUAAGCAUGCUAGGCUAACUGGUCAAAUGGAUGCUCUAGACAUUCCAUAUGUUGAGGAGGUGGGUCUAAGAAAUGCAUCCUCGAAUAUAUGGUUUCGUCUCCCAUUUGCUCAAGAGGAUUCAUGGGAACAUAUAUGCUUGCGACUUGGUAGACCUGGAAGCAUGUACUGGGAUGUCAAAAUAAAUGACCAGCACUUCAGGGAUUUGUGGGAGCUUCAAAAAGGGAGCAGUGGCACACCAUGGGGUUCUGGUGUUCGCAUUGCAAAUACAUCUGAUGUAGAUUCUCAUAUUCGUUAUGAUCCAGAAGGUGUUGUUCUGAGCUAUCGAUCUGUUGAGGCAGACAGUAUCAAGAAGUUAGUGGCAGAUAUACGAAGGCUCUCCAAUGCUAGAAUGUUUGCCCUUGGGAUGCGGAAAUUGCUUGGUGUAAGAGCAGAUGAAAAACCAGAAGAAGGCGGUGCAAGCUCUGAUGUUAGAGUGCCAGUUGGAGGCAAAAGCACUGUUGAGGUAGCUGAUAAGAUAUCAGAGCAGAUGAGGAAGGCAUUCAAAAUUGAGGCAGUAGGGUUAUUGAGUUUGUGGUUUAGUUUUGGUUCAGGUGUCCUAGCUCGGUUUGUUGUGGAGUGGGAGUCUGAGAAAGAAGGUUGCACAAUGCAUGUUUCUCCUGACCAACUUUGGCCUCAUACAAAGUUUUUAGAAGAUUUCAUAAAUGGAGCUGAAGUUGCAUCACUGUUGGACUGCAUUCGCCUUACUGCAGGACCUUUGCAUGCUCUUGCUGCUGCAACUCGGCCUGCUCGAGCUGGUCCUGUUCAAGGAGUUUCUGGGGUAGCUGCAUCCAUGUCUUCUGUCUCCAAACAGUCAGGACACAUACCAUCUCAGGGACUCUUGCCCAGCAGUGCUGGUACAAAUGUUAAUCAAGCUGGUUCUGGUCCAGUGGGGAAUCCUGCUGGAUCUGCUUCUGCAGGCUCUGUUGCGAAUCUCAAUCUUCAUGGGGCUGGAAUGUUAGUUGCUCCUGGGAGAGGUGGUCCUGGCAUUGUUCCCAGUUCAUUAUUGCCCAUUGAUGUCUCUGUUGUAUUACGUGGCCCAUAUUGGAUUAGGAUCAUAUAUCGCAAAAAUUUUGCUGUUGAUAUGCGAUGUUUUGCUGGAGAUCAGGUUUGGCUGCAACCAGCAACACCACCCAAAGGGGGCUCUUCAGUUGGUGGGUCCUUACCAUGCCCACAAUUCAGGCCUUUUAUUAUGGAGCAUGUUGCACAAGAAUUGAAUGGAAUAGAUUCCAGUUUCACUGGCAGUCAACAAACAGUAGGGCAGGUCAAUGCUAACAAUCCAAAUGCCAAUUCAGGUCCACAGCUGUUGGCAAAUGGAAACAGAGUGAACCUACCUACAUCUGCUGCGAUGAAUAGGACAGCAAACCAAGUAGCAGCUUUAAAUCGUAUUGGAAAUGCCCCUCCGGGGUCAGCAAAUUUGGCAGUUGUGAACUCAGGAUUGCCCAUACGCCGUGCCCCUGGUGCUGGUGUUCCUGCACAUGUGAGAGGGGAACUGAAUACAGCCAUCAUUGGCCUUGGUGAUGAUGGUGGGUAUGGAGGUGGAUGGGUUCCUCUUGUUGCUCUUAAGAAGGUUCUAAGAGGAAUUCUCAAGUAUCUUGGAGUGCUGUGGUUGUUUGCCCAGCUACCAGAUCUUCUAAAACAGAUCCUGGGGUCAAUAUUAAAGGAGAACGAAGGUGCACUCUUGAAUUUGGACCAGGAGCAGCCUGCUUUGCGCUUCUUUGUGGGGGGUUAUGUGUUUGCUGUAAGUGUCCACAGAGUUCAACUUCUUCUUCAGGUUCUUAGUGUGAAGCGCUAUCAUCAUCAGCAACAGCAACAACAGCAACAAAACUCUGCUACCACUCAGGAGGAAUUGACUCAAUUGGAAAUAGGUGAAAUAUGCGACUACUUCAGUCGCCGUGUUGCAUCAGAGCCCUAUGAUGCUUCUCGUGUGGCAUCCUUCAUUACUCUUCUCACACUUCCAAUAUCAGUUUUAAGAGAAUUCCUGAAACUAAUAGCAUGGAAGAAAGGUUUAGCCCAGACACAAGGCGGAGAUAUAGCUCCUUCGCAAAAACCCCGAAUUGAAUUGUGUCUAGAAAAUCAUACUGGGUUAAAUGCAGAUGAUACUGCUGAGAAUUUAUCUACAUCAAAAAGUAACAUCCAUUAUGAUCGACCCCACAACUCUGUCGAUUUUGCGCUGACUGUAGUUCUUGAUCCUGCUCAUAUACCCCCUAUAAAUGCUGCUGGUGGAGCUGCUUGGCUACCCUACUGUGUCUCAGUGAGAUUAAGAUAUUCUUUUGGUGAAAACCCUAAUGUGUGUUUUCUCAGUAUGGAAGGAAGUCAUGGAGGACGAGCCUGCUGGUUGCGUCCUGAUGACUGGGAAAAAUGUAAGCUGAGGGUGACUAGAACUGUGGAAGGUAGUGGGAAUCCUGCUGGAGACAUCACCCAAGGAAGAUUAAAAGCAGUUGCAGACACUGUGCAAAGAACACUUAACUUCUGUCUUCAAGGAUUACGGGACAGUGCCGGGGCUGGUGUAAGCUCAGGGGCUACCUGAUCUGUCCAUCACCACAAGGAAUGGGAAUUAUCUUGUUCUCGUGUUUGGUAAUUUUGAUGUUUGAUGGAGGGAAAUUUCAUCACCGGGGAAAUGGAAGAUGUAGCCAUAGAUGUUUCAGUCUUCAAAUGAUAGUAUAGUCGAUAAAAAAACUCAUGCAAUGAUUGGUGCUAAUGGAACCUUAAUCUUCAGCUAACUUGAUUUGCUACCAAGGAUUUGCAGUAUUUUUGUAAAGUUGUAGCGGCUUUUUUUCUUUUUUCGUGUGUAGAUCAUACUUGUACAAAAUUCGUCCCACUGGAUUUGUUGUAUACUCCAACAGAUGCAUGCUGCUGGAUGCCAUAGAUUGCCUUUAGACUGAUAUCUAUUUAGUCAUGAUUUCUCUCUUAAAACACUUCACAAUCUCAUUUCUAG